AGGAACGUGAGGGUGGCGGUGGCGGUGGACGGCAGCGACAACAGCAUGCACGCGCUGCGAGAGGCGGUGCGGCUCUUCGCGCGCACGGCUAAAGAGUUUACCAUCAUUCACGCGCACAAGCCUCUACUGAACUCCGCACGGAGCGCUACCAAGACUGGAGUGAUGCUGUCAUGGCAGGAGAAUCACGAACGCAUGGAGCACGAGAGGCACACCAAGGCGCAGCAGUUGCUGCAGCGGUGCGCUGCCUUGGUGAAAGAGGAGGGUGCGAAGCGGGGGAUGGGUGAGGGCGUGGUGGUAAGGGGCGUGGAUCUUAAGGGCGACCCUCGAGAUGUGCUGUCGACCCAUGCGCAGAGCAUCAGUGCGGAUCUACUGGUCAUGGGAACCCGCGGCUUGAGCAUGCUAAAACGCUUGGCUCUUGGGAGUGUUAGCACCCACUGCAUGCACCAUGCUCCAUGUCCGGUGCUGGUCGUCCCGCUGAAAGCCGACUCAACACACGGGCCCUCAGAACCCAAAGCAGAUGUCACCCAGGCAGCAGCGUCCGAAAUCGAGACCCCUGCAUAA